CAUGUAUAAAGUCCUCAAACUGGACUCACUGUCAUCCGUUUGCCAUUAUUUGUUACUGUAGCCCCAGCCUGCAGUACGUGUCCCAGUAUCAGCCAUGGCCAUGCUGAGAGUGUCGUCCUACCGCCGGCAGUUUGAGGAGCAGUGGAGUCGGAAUGGACGGUCCGGCGGAGGCUGUGGAGGGCAGUACCGCUCCUCAGCGGUCAAGGCCAGGGGUGCGGCUGCUGAGGAGUGUGCGUGUGUCCAGCUGGACUUUGUGGCUGCCAAGAUGCUCAAUAAGGAGAGUCUGGUCCGAUUCGCUAAAGACCGCAGCAUCAUUGCCGCCCUAAAUGAUCGCUUUGUCGCCCUCAUCAACAUGGCACGCUGCUUUGAGGAGGACAAUGAGUCUCUGGAGGCCCAGAUCUGUGAGCUGGAGGAGAGGUUGACCGGCCAACAGACCACCUCCACAACCGUAGCUGUCCCUGAAUACAGCCUGGACGCCGUGAUGGAGAGACUGCGCAAGGAGAGGGACCAGAGCCUGUUUGAUGUGGAGGAGCUGAGGAGAGAGCUGGAGUGUCUGCAGGAGCAGUAUGAGGAGACCGUUCAGCAGAGGACCCUCGUCCAACUGGAACAGGAAGACGUUGGCCUGGAAGUGGAUGUAGUGACCACAGACUGUCUGGCCCUGAGGGAGCAGGUGAACAUCUAUGAGGAACAACUGGCUCACAUGGAGGCACAGCAUGAGACGACGGUUCAGAACAUGGUGGCCCCUGUAGAGGGUCCAGCUGCAGCAGGGAGAGGAGUCCUGGAGUUCUGCAACCCUGACAUCAAGUCAGCCCUCAUAGAUAUCAAGGAGAACUACAGCCAGCUGGCUGAGACCAUCCAGUGUGAGUGCAGGGAAACUGGUGCGGUUGUUGCUGGUGCUGUUGUCGCCAUUGGAGCUGGAAAGGAGCUGACGGUGGCCAGACCUGCGGGGGUCACAGGCGUUGGCCAGAUAACGGACGUCAGCGAACUGAAGAAACUGAUUGCAGAGCUUGAAAAGGAGCUUGCAGAGCUGGAGAAGUGUGGUGAGGAGCUGGAAGAUGAGAUUGAGAUGAAGAGAGAAGCGUAUGUGGAGGAGAUCUUUGAGCUGGAGUGUCGUCUUGAGGAGAUGCGGGGGCAGCAGCAUGAGCUGCAGGUCCAGAUGACGGAACAAUGUGAUGACUACGAGGAGCUGCUGGGUCAGAAGAUGGCCCGGGAAAUCGAGAUCGCUGCCUACAGGGGUUUGGUGGAAGAGGAGGAUGAGAGGCUUUGCUACCUGUGAGAGGAACUGAUGCAGACCAGACCAACCAACCUGCUUUCGGCGAUGGAUAUCCUCCCAUACAGAUUUCAUGCGUUGCCAAAACACAACAGACCUAAGUCGGCCAUUAGAGAUCACAUGAAGCUAACCGCCACACAACCAUUUGAGCAGAUAUAAAAGUAUCAUGACAGAUUAACGAGGUCUGGAGGGCGUGCCAGGGCCAUUGAUAACAGGUCACUGGCAGGUGACCCCUGUCCUAUAAGAAAGAUGAAGUUGUCUAACAUUGUGGUGGAGGGGGAUGGGACUGGAUAGAGUGUGUAUUCAGUGUCUGUGAAAUUUCCUUAAGUGGUCUCUAUCUGUUGUGGCUACAGUCUCUGGAGCUAACUCACUGAUAUGACACACACACACACACACACACACACACACACACACACACACACACACACACACACACACAC